UGUUCGAUACGUUUUUACUCAGUUGAAUAUGUCAUUAAGUUUGUCUUGUCAAAUUCCAUCUUGUUAGAAUGUAGUGUCAAUCCAUAGUACUUGGAAAUAUUUACAACAGCGCAAACCAAAUCAGGCCGAGCGGAUUGGAUUUCGUUGAAGCGUGUUAAAAUACAAUCGAUCCUGUCGUGAUUAACUUUUCCAUUUGACUGUACCACAACCAGUUCGUUAGGAAGGAGAGUGAGAAAGCAAUACAGCCGCAUCAUGACCGAAAGGAAGAAGCAGUUUUGGGACGUGCCAUUCCGCGAAAGUCGUCGCGAGUCGUCCGCAUUCCACGGGGCAAGUUUUGAUGAAACAAACUUGAUGGGACGCACCAAGCUGGAUGCAUCGUCGUCGUCAACCGCGGUGGGUGAAUCGAGAAGUGCUGCGGCUGCCGGUCCCAAAUUUGAACGGGCUGCAAGUUUCGGGGACAAAUUGCUGGUGACGUCGUCCCCGAAGUUCGCGAAAUCGAAGAAAAUUUUUCACAUGACUAGUUCAAAGGGUCCGGCUUCCGGUGGUGCUGGUAUUUUCGCGGUGGGUGGAGAUUUAAAAGGGGGUCCCCCUGCUAAGGGCACCCGGCGUAGAUCGGAAAUGUCAUUUCCAUGGAGCAGUGUUACGCCGGAGGGUAUUUCACCCAUCUGUGGUGGUACGACUCACGUGGUGGGAGGGAAUCAAGUGAACCAUCGAAGAACGACUACGGGACUACGAAACAGGAGCACCAGCGUUUGCCUGGACACAUUGGGCGAAUCAUCUUCGUCACCAUCGAUGGCGGCAACAGCUGGCAGCAUCAGAAUAACGAGGAUUGUCCAGAACUGUUAUCACUUCUACCGUUCAAUGAUCCUCUAA